AAAAUUGAAGUUGGAUUCAAUUUUUUUUAGCUUGCAAUUUUUUUUGGCUCGCCUCUUCACAUUUCCCCCCCAAAUUGCGCCUUUCCCCAAACCUCGUCGCACUUACAAAAAGCCUCUCUCCCAGGUCUCCCACUCUCAAGCGCAGGUCUCACAGCUUUUUUCUCUUCUCUCUCUCAAAAGAUUUUUUUAUAGCAGAGCAAAUAAAUUGAAGCCAUCCCUCGCCAUUUAUCUGUGCCAUAAAAACCCAACAAACUCCAAAACCUAACACAGAGGAAUCAAAUUGAAGAAGAAGCAGCGGAGUUGAAGCCAUCCGUCCAAACAGAAAACCGUGAAGCCAGGUUGCUUUGAGAAGAGGUGAGAGUUUAAAAGGAAUGGCUUUCCCCCCUCUGCGCCAAAAAGUUUAACACGCAACUGGAAUGGCUAUUUCCAGAGGGCGGAGAUGUCUUCUCUCUCUGCCUCUCCUCUCUCUGCCUCUUCUCUUCUCAGUCAUGGAGUUAACGCAUUUGCAAACUGCAAAUAUGGUCUCAUCGCCCUCAAAUCCCAAGAAAUUUGAUCAUCUCGUACUUGGCCCAGCUGCUGGACGAGGCCUUCCCAAUCGUGUGCAAUGUCAAGGUCACAAAGCAAUAAAUUGGACACCGUUUUCAACAUUUUCUUCAAUGCAUGCUAUCCAUGAAAGUACCUCUUUUGUUACUGUGUUGACAUUGUACAAUAAUUCCCCUGGGUUCGGAUCACCUGAUUAUCGCAAGAGUUCAGAUAUUGUGAUUGUAGGCAAUGCUGCCUAUGAUAAGCCAGGACGUUCUUUGGCUCUUUUGAAUGCCUUUAUCAAGUUUAUCGAGGUGUCAAUGCCCAGAAGCAAUGUCAUUAUUUUGACUGCUCCCGAUUCUGAGCUUCAUGUUCAUCAAAAGAAUGUUGAGGUAGUGCCUGUUGAAGGAGACUUCUCACGAGGGAAUUUGAUGCUUCAAAGAAUGCGGUCUUACAUUGUUUUUUUGGAAUCAAGGCUCAAACGACUUCUGCAUGGGCAGCAUGAUACCAAUCAUUUCAUUUUCACUGAUUCAGAUGUGGCAGUGGUGGAUGACCUCAGGCAUAUUUUUGAGAAGUAUCCUAAUUUUGAUCUGGCUGUCACUUUUCGCAAUAAUAAAAAUCAGCCUUUGAAUUCUGGGUUUAUUGCAGUGAGGGGAACAAUUGAUGGGAUUUCAAAGGCAAAGGCUCUUCUAGAGCGAGUCUUGAAUGUGUAUAUGUUGAAAUUCGGGAAUGCUUCCCGCAUGCUUGGAGAUCAGCUAGCUCUUGCUUGGGUUAUAAAAUCUCAUCUGUCAUUUGAUGCAAAACAAUUUUCUAGACAUGAGGCCUUUGUAGAUGAAAUUCAUGGAGCAUUGGUGCUAUUUUUACCAUGUGCUGUUUACAAUUGGACACCACCAGAAGGUGCGGGGCAGUUUCAUGGCAUGCCUGUGGAUGUAAAGGUUAUUCAUUUCAAGGGCUCAAGGAAGCGGUUGAUGCUUGAAUCUUGGAACUUGUUAAACUCGUCCUCCCCUGUUAACUUUUCCAAUAUUUUAUGUGUGAUAUUAAAAAGUGGGAGGACAAAGUAUGAUUUUUAAUGUUAGACGCCGCCAUGUCCAGUGUCCUUAAAAUGCGUUUUCUUUGCGAUGUAUUUGUUGGACAAAACAUAGUGCAUGAAUCCGGAAUUCUCUUGGAAGAGGUUUCUUUUUCUUGGAAAUACCCUUUGUGGUGUUUUGGCAUGUGGCGCAGAGACUUCUGAACAAAAUGUUUGUAUACCUAGCAACAUCGGGGAGUUGAUGCAAACUAAGGAUCAAUGGACUGGUAUGAUGGGGGAUGCAUGUUUUUCUUUUCUUUGAACGCAUGAAGAAUAUUUUGUACCAACACGUGGGCAUUGCAUCCAUCAAAUUUUCUAUUUUCUGGACACAAUGCCAUGGAUUU